GUCUCUAUGUUAUGAAUGCAUGCCAAGAGCCAUGUAUAAUAGAUGUGUGGACAGACAAUAUCUAAAAUGUAAAUGACCUGUAUUAAAAACAUAAAAAUGUUGUCUAGCCAAGGUUAAUCAUACACUGACAAAGAAAUACUUCCUUAUUUAUUACUGGCAACAUUGCAAGAGAUAAGGAACCAGAAUAAAUAAGCAGCGAUUUCUAAAUGACUCCAGAAAGAGAGAGAGAAAGAGAGAGACAAGACAGACUUGAACAUUCACAGAUUUAAGAACAUUCAUCUCUACAUACUGCUAGAUCACAAGAGUGUUUUUGUCAAACAUGCUGACUUUGGGGUUUCUGCUGCUGAUAUGUCUACACCUCUGUGAAUCCAAACCAAUGAGCGCAAUGUACGUAAUUCAGGAAUCGGACGCUCCGUGUAUCAACAUCAACGACUCAAAUUCCAACCACGAAAUUGAGAAGCUUCUUGAGAGGAUGAGAUAUGUGGCCCGGAGCUGCAAAGAAAUCAGAGACAAGUAUCGAAUUUAUGAAGACGGUCUGUACUACCUGACAACGGACAGUGGGGUUGUCUACCAGACCUACUGCGAUAUGACCACUGCUGGAGGCGGCUGGACGCUGGUGGCCAGUGUGCACGAGAACAACAUGUAUGGGAAGUGCACUGUAGGUGACCGCUGGUCCAGCCAGCAAGGUAAUAACAUUAAUACCCCUGAAGGAGACGGAACCUGGGCUAAUCGGGUUACAUUUGGAACUGCAGAAGCUGCCACCAGUGACGACUACAAGAAUCCUGGGUAUUACGACAUCGUGGCUCAGGAUGUGUCUGUGUGGCACGUUCCCAAUAACGUUCAGCUACAGCUGUGGACCACCGCUUCCAUCUUACGCUACCACACCGACAAUCGCUUCCUCAGUCUUCAUGGAGGAAACCUUUUCUACUUAUUCAAGAAAUUCCCAGUAAAAUAUGGAAUAGGAGCUUGUCUUGUUAAUAAUGGACCAGCUGUCCCGGUGGUGUACGAUACUGGAAACAGGGACUACACCAGCAAUCUCUAUGGACCCAACUCCAGAAGAGAGUUUGAGUCUGGCUUCAUCACUUUCAGAGUGUUCAACUAUGAGAAGGCAGCCAUGGCCAUCUGUUCUGGCGUUAGACCAAUAAGGGGCUGCAACACAGAACAUUAUUGUAUCGGGGGAGGAGGUUAUUUCCAAGAGGGUUCACCCAUGCAGUGUGGAGAUUUCACAUCAUUUGACUGGAGCGGCUACGGGACGAAUACAGAAUGGAGUGCCUCCAGAGAGAUCACCGAAUCUGCUGUGCUUUUCUUCUACCGAUGAGCUGCUGGGAGCUGCUAGUGUAAAAUACUGGAUACUGAAUUGUAUAUAAAUGCUCUGAAAGUGUGUUAUUGGGACCUGCUGCUGGACUCCGCUGUAAAUCUGAGGAUGGACCAUAAUGUAUAAUAAAACUAAA